UGAUAGAUAUGGCUUGGCGGUACUCUGAUCUUGAAGAGAAAUAUUCUCAAGGUCAGACGGACUUGGCUCGGGUUUCUGCUUCUCUAAAUGAUGCCAACAUGCUGAACUCCACUCUCAAUGCUCAGCUUGACUCUGAAAAGGAGGAAAAACAUGCCCUUGCAACUUCUCGUGACAACCUUGACAAGUUAUAUCGCGAUGCCAGCAACUCGUUGACUAUCUUGGAGAGGAGCCAUCGUUUCACCAUGGAGGACUUGGAUAAUCAUCGUUAUAAGCUGCAAGAGUCCCUGGAUGAUAUGAUUUGCCUUAGGCAAUUGGUGUCGAGCAAAGAUUCCAUCAUCAAGGAUCUGCGCGCUUCCAAGAGAUCAGUCGUCCAGGAGCUAGAAGCUGCUCGGCUGGCUGUCAAGGCUGCUGAAGACACUUCCGCUACUUUGAGGGCCCAGCGCGACAGAGCUAUGGACAAAGCCAUUCGCGCGGGGCGAAUCUUAAUGAGGAGACCUGGUGUGAUUGUUCCUGACGACAUAGUGGCAGAUGUGAAUGUUGCUCCUGAUUCUUCGAGUCGCCCCUCUUCAUCGGUCGCUCCUGAGAAAAACAUUACCAAAUAGAAACACUGAAUGCCUUGUAUAUGUGGUUAGUGUGCUCGAAUAUUCUGUUAGAAAGCGCUUUCAGUACUGAAUGCCAUUAUUGUUUUCCUGUUGUUAGAAUCCAACAGUAGCUACAGUUGCAGAAGUAAAUGCAGUGUGAUGAUUUUGAAAUUUCUUCUUAUUUCGCAAGGCG